CUAGGCCAGCCAAUCACAGGCGGCCGCUAAAGCUGCAUGUCAUUUCUGCUCCGCUUUGCUACCUGCAGCGUGUUUUGUUUGUCUGUAUGCCGUGAAAAUCUCUGCGACCGCUGGCUAGAGCCAAACACGGGACGUCUCGCCCCUCUUCGCGCCCAUGAGGACCCCAGGAGCCGCGGAGGAGACGCAGAGCGGGCUUCUGUGGAGUCAGGUGCCGCUGGAUGAGAGGGUCUGACUAGGCAUUAUUUUCUACCCGGUGACAGAGGCAGAAGCAGCGGCGCAUCCUUCUCCCCUCCCUUCCCUGCUCCUCUGCUGCCCUCCGCGGCCGCUGCAGUCCACCAGCCAUGGCCCUGGUGACUCUGCAGCGAUCUCCCACCCCUAGUGCGGCAUCCUCGGCCAGCAGCAGCGCGGGGGAGGAUUUCGGAAGUGAUGAUGACAGGAAAAAUAAUCAGAGCAUCAGUGAAAGCUUCUUCAUGGUCAAAGGAGCUGCCCUCUUUCUCCAGCAGGGCGGCAACACACAGGGACCAAAGACUCCCACGCACCACAAACAUGCAGGUGACUUACCUCAACAUCUGCAAGUCAUGUUCAAGAUCCUGCGGUCUGAAGAUCGCAUCAAGCUGGCUGUGCGUUUGGAAAGCGGAUGGUCAGAGCGCGUGCGUUACAUGGUUGUUAUCUACACUAACGGCCAUCAAGACACGGAAGAAAACAUUGUUUUGGGAAUGGAUUUUCCAGACAAGGACAGUAAAAACUGCUCCAUUGGGAUGGUCCUGCCCCUGUGGAGUGAUACCAACAUUCAUCUAGACGGAGAUGGAGGCUUCAGCGUGAACACAGCAGGCCGGUCACAUGUCUUCAAACCUGUUUCUGUGCAGGCUAUGUGGUCUGCCCUGCAGGUCCUCCAUAAGGCAUGCGAGGUGUCUCGCCGGUUCAACUACUUCCCAGGGGGCAUUUCUCUUACGUGGAUGGCGUUCUAUGAGAGCUGCAUCACCUCAGAGCAAAGCUUCAUCAAUGAGUGGAACGCAAUGACUGACCUGGAGACCACCCGGUCCGAUUCCCCCAACAUGUUCGUCGAUGGACCGACAGAGCGAGAAAGAACAGAGUGUCUUAUCAAGUCCAAACUUCGCAACAUCAUGAUGUUUCAAGACUUGGAGAACAUCACGUCAAAGGAGAUCCGUAAUGAGCUGGAGCAGCACAUGAGCUGCAACCUCAAGGAGUACAAGGAGUUCAUCGACAACGAGAUGCUCCUGAUCCUGGGUCAGAUGGAUAAAGCCACACUCAUCUUUGACCACGUUUAUUUGGGUUCCGAGUGGAACGCCUCCAACCUUGAAGAACUACAAAACUGCGGAGUCGGUUACAUUCUGAACGUUACCAGAGAGAUUGACAACUUCUUCCCAGGGAUGUUUUCCUAUCACAACGUCCGCGUGCACGACGAGGACGCCACUGACCUGCUGGCCCACUGGAACGAUACCUACAACUUUAUUGUCAAAGCCAAGAAGAAUAGCUCAAAGUGCUUGGUGCACUGCAAGAUGGGUGUGAGCCGCUCUGCCUCCACAGUUAUCGCCUACGCCAUGAAGGAAUACGGCUGGUCUCUGGAGAAAGCGUACAACUGCAUCAAGCAGAAGAGGAGCAUAGCUCAGCCAAAUGCUGGUUUCAUGCGGCAGCUGGCGGAGUAUGAGGGAAUCCUCGACGCCAGUAAACAACGUCACAACAAGCUGUGGCGGCCUGACACAGACGAGGAAGGUUCAGACGAUCUGCAAGCGUCGGGUCACAGUACAGGUGGAGAGGAGACGCCGGUUCUCAGAGGGGAAGAGGCCUGGGGAGGCUGCGGGGCGUCACCAUGCCGGGGUCUGGAGAUGGAACCUUUAGACUCUCUCAACUAUAACUAUUACUUCAGACGUUUAUCGGACUCUGCACUCGACAGCGAGCCAUCCACACCGGUGCGGGGACCUCCUCUGUUAGGCAUGGAGAGAGUUUUUAUCGAAAUAGAGGAUGUGGAGAGAGAUGCCCUGCUGGAGGACGAGGGUUUCCCCAUGGCCCACCUAACUCUGCCCGGCGAGGGCACCGCUGCUCAGACAUGCAGCCGCCUCGACCCAAUGGAGGACAUGAGACUGAGGCUGGAAUUCAGCACGCUGGAGGAAGAGGACGAGGAAGAGGCCAAGAAGGAGGAAGAAGAGAUGGCGGCCUUGGCUCAGACACCCGGGAGUUCGGGUGGGAGGAAGACAGGAGAGGAAGCUGAGGGGAAUGAGGAGAGCCAGCUGGGUUUAGCCAACCUGAACACCAACAACAGCAACCGCCUGGCUGCCAAACGUAGCUGUCCUGCAGCUUUUGAUGACAGUGCCAGCGCAGGAAACCCAUUAAAAGUGAAGCCUUCCUAUCAGUCCUGUAAAGACUGCAUGCGUCUACCACAAGGGCGGCGCUGCGACCGUCCAGCAGGAGGCCGUUCACACCGCCUUAACCCCUCCCGCCACUGCACCGUACCCUCCAUAUGCAUAGAUCCUCCUGGGACGCACUUUACUUCAACCCCGGUUCUGUCAACCCCGACGGUCAUUCCGUCUAACUUGGUCCAGCCCUGCACUAACUUCUACCAAUGUUCCAGCUGCACGAUCGGUAGCACAUCCACUCCUGAAGCCAACCAUCAAAAACUUUUCUCACCCAUGAGCUGUGAGGAUACGCCUCCGGACGGCAGCUCGGUGGAGACCGAGGACAUGGAGGAGCCGCAGAACGAGGUCACGAGGCAGAGUAACGAGGCCAUCGAUGUGACUGAAGCCGACGGGCUCAAAUUUGGUGCUGAGAUUGCAAGCUUCCAGUAGGUCCUCCGCCUUAGACCCAAACUGAUGCCUCCUCUCCAUGAAGGAGCUGGCUUAUCACUGCCUCAGCUGCUGUGAUGGCUGUGAAUAUUAGAUGCUGUGGUGUUGCACCAGGAAUGCAGAGGCUCUGCAGUGACCUCUGCUGUUUCAACCUUGCCUCAUAACUUCAGAAAAUAAGUCAGUACACUGCAAAAAAACACAGUUUUUUUGUCUAGUUUCUAGUGAAAUAAAACAGAAUUAACUUACUAAUAAC